UAAAUGUAAUAAAGUCUACAAAAAGUGUUCUGUCAUAAAGCGCAGUCUCGGAAAAUUCCGGUUGUUUGUUUUUAUUGGGCUUAAAUGGGAUGUAAUGUCAUUCUGAUGCUGAAAGCUGUGUCCUUUUUGCAUUCAGAACGUGAUUUUAUUAAGAAUCGUCAAUCGAUAUGACUGCAUACGCAUUAAUUGUGUUCUGUUUAAAAGAUUUUGGUCGGGUUGUUUGCUGUAUAAAAAAAUAGUUAUUAAAAUUUGAAGGAGCUUAGAGCUAUGUAAAGUAAUGCACUUAAAAUAUAUGUUGUCCAUAAUUUAAAUCGUUGUAUAGACAGAUUCCGCUUUGUGAAAAACUAUAUCUUUCAAUAAAGAGAAAUGAAAAAGCUGGCCAAAAAACCCCAAGCGUAAAAUGGAUAUGAACUCUAAUUGUAUAACAAAUUGUUAGGAAGGUUCGGUGGCCAAUGAAAAAGUGUAUUUCGUUUUUCAAUUGUGAAAUACUGUACCCAGAGGAGAACUGUGUACAGGUGACUUAAUUAACUUGAAACCAGUGCCGGUUGGCUGGAAGGGUUUGUCGGCAAUGAUUGAGGACAAUCAAUCACUUAAACUCAUCCUGAAGCGGACCCAACGGUUCCAUCCACACCUGGCCUCGCUGAAGUGGACGCUAAUUUAUGCCAUUCCACCUCCUGGCAGUGGGACAGACUACCUCUUAGAAAGUCGUUUAUCUGUGUAUUGUAAACAAAGGACGAAGCACGUGCUGAUAUGAGGAGGGCGCAUGCGCUAAAUAUAACAGCCAGUUAACAGAGGUCCUGACUUAAAAGUCCUUUUUAAAGAAGCUGCCUGCGGUUGGCCGUUUCAGUGCGUUGGUAGCGUUCGUGCGGUUGGUUUAGCCAGCAAACCGGAGAAACUGGUCAAUUAAUAUUUCAUCGGUAGAAUUGUGGCAACAAGUGUCCUGCGAGGAUGUGCGUGAGAAGCUCACUGUGCAGUGUGAUUUUAAUUUACUUUCUCGCCUUGCUCGGUUCGGUCGCUAUGAUCCUGGCCCAGGAAGAAGGGAAUACCACACAAUCAUCAUCGGCGGUGUCGGUGGACAAGGAGUGCGGCAGUACGCAAAAAAUGGUGGACGAGUGCUUUAAGGAUCUGCCGCCGCAUUUAAUGGAAUUCCUGCAGAACACGAAAAUCGUCAUCAGCAAAAAGGAGAUCGCCGCCAAGUGCAACAUAUUCAACCGCGGCAUGAGGUGCUUCGAUACUUACUCGAAGCGUUGCCUGGACGAUCGAAAGCUGGGCACGUUCAAGAAUAAUGUGGAGGGAGCUCGUCGAUUUUUCUACAAAUUCUGUGGCGACGCCGACUUUCAGCGGGACUACCUGCGGCACAAGGACUGCUUUGCAUACAUCCAACUGGAUUGGGUCACCUGCACGGCCGACUUCGAGGGCAUCCUCAGCGAAGAGGUGCACGACGAGAGGCGCAACGCCAGCGAAAAGUUCCUUGAAUUCUGCUGUGCCCGCUAUGCGUACGAGAACUGCAUCUACAAUAGUGCCCGCUACAAGUGCUACAAGAACUCGGCGGAGUUUGCCCGCGAGACGGCCAAAAUGCUGUCGGACGAGAAGCACUUCAGGAACUGCGCCGUCCUCCAGAACAUCUGCGCCCCGAACGGUGCCGGAGGGGGACUGGGACUGGGGAUGGACAGAUGGCAUUGGAUGGGGUUCCGGCUGGCGAUGACGCUGCUCCUGAUGCUGCUGGUGGUGCGGAUCUGGCCGUAAAUCGAAAUGCGGCCAAUACCCAUAGUUUGGUAGUGCGAUGUGAUGUGGGGCUGCGGUUGUGGCUGCUGGUCUGCGUUUGAGUUUGAGUUCCCUGUGUUUUUGUUUUUGUCUUUUUUUUUGGGUUGUAGUUGUCCCAACGAGAAUGCCAAGCAUUUCAGCUCCCCUUAGUCACCCAUCGAUAAGAAGAAGAAAAACUCUAUCUCUACGUGUCUGUGAAUUUUCCGGUGUCGUUUUUGGGGCGAGAUUGCUGGGCGGGCGGGUUACUGGGUCGGAUAGCGGCACUGGUUUUGUGUUUUUCGUAUGUUAAGCUAACUUAAAUGCAUAUUUCAAAUAAAUGAAUAUUCCCGUUGUACUGGGAUUGUGGUUUUACUGGCAAAGGUCAUCGAGAACGCUGUGUCAGUCUGUUAACUAGUUCUAGUUUUCCCCUGAAUUCUAUUUUAACCGACACACCAACCACAGCUUGAAGGACAAAAAUAAAGUUCCACUGAAACCGCAGAUCCAAGGUGGCACACAGAUACAAUAUUACAGAGGGAGGAAGAUAGCUGAAUUUCAAUAUCGAAGCAAACACCUGCUGUGGCAGCCAAUUGAAUUCUUGAAAAAAACUUCCAGUCGAACUACACAACCUGUAUUGCUUUUUCUAAAUGGCAUCUGUAUUGCACAUGAACUUUGAUGUGGCGACAAUUU